AUGGGAGAAACGUUAGAAUCCGAGGUCGCUCCCGUGUACUUGACACAAGGAUACAAGCUUCGUCAGCAGUUCGCGUUUUAUGCCUCUGAAGCUUCUAACGGGGAGACUCCACUUUCACAACCACACUCAAAAAAGAACGCCGUUAGCAAAGUUAACGCGCGAGUAUCCAGCAUCGUGGAUCAAAUUUCUUCUUUGACCUUGAUUGAAACAGCAGAACUUGUCCAAGAACUGAAGACCCGCCUAAACAUCCAAGAUGUAGCUUUACCCGUCGUGAACGUUGCUGCUACAACCACAGCCACAGCUGCAGAACAGGCAUCCAAUGCAGCUGAAGAAGCGAAGGCUGCAGAAAAAACCGAAUUUACAGUGAAAUUGGAAAAAUAUGGAGCUGAUGCAAAGACAAAGAUUAUUAGGGAGAUUAAAAACAUCUUGCCGGGAAUGAAUCUCGUAGAGGCCAAGAAAUUUGUUGAAAGUGCACCAAAGGUUGUCAAAGAACGUAUUGGCAAAGAAGAAGCCGAAAAGAUUAAAAAGACUUUAGAAGGUUUUGGAGCCACUGUCAUUAUAGAAUGA